UCGCCGACGACGACGACGAAGCAAUCGCCGCUGCUCUCUGCUCUCCCGUGUCUCUUCGUCUCUCGGGGCAUUCUCGUAGCGCAGCCGUGUACCUACCACCUUAUAAAACGUGCGCCGCAGUAUCGCGCGCUCUCGUGGCCGACGGUGCGCGGUGGUGCGGAGAGGCGCGAGAGGAGCGCGAAUCGAGAGAUCGCUCGGCGAGUAGCGGCUCGGAGUUGCGAGACUGCGAGAGAGCGCGGCGCGCGACCGGCGAGUAAGCUUUCUCGCACAGUUCUUCGCUUCGCUUCGCUUCGCUUAGCUUCGUUCCCUUCGCGCGAGACUGCGAGGUGUGCGGUAAUGCGGAACGUCCGCGUGAGGAUCGUCUUGGACUUUCGCGUAUCAUCUCGACGUCGCGACAUCGACACGUCGAAUCGGCCGAAUAGAAAGAAUAGAAAGAAUAGAGGCGGAGUUGCGUUGCGGGUUUAAACGCUUUUCCUACGUAUUUUUUCUUCUGCCAUACGCACUACGCGCCGCGACGGAAGUAAGGGAUAGGUUACGUAGUGCGAGAUAGUGCAGAAAUUUUUGUGCAGUGAACGGUCGUUAAUAGACCAGUGCGACGACGACGACGACGACGGCGACGACGGCGACGACGGCGACGACGGCGACGACGGCGACGACGGCGAGGAAGGAGAGCGAGAAGGAGAGAGUGCGAGACAAAUAAGGGAGGAGGAGGAGGAGGAGGAAGAGGAAGACGCGCUAUAUGCGUAAGGUACCAGCACGAGUGCCAGGACCGUGUGCGAGAGAGUAACCGGCUGAUAAACGGCAGAAGGAGAAGAAAGAGAAAGAGAGAAUAGGGUGGCCGUCGCGCCGCGUGAGAGACCGAGAGUCGCCAAGAUGCAGCUUCACGGUGGUCUGAUGUUGCCGAUCCUAUUUAUCGUUGCUUCCUGUCCUUUGACGCUGCGCGCGCGAAAAGUCGCACCUUUGAUUGAGGACGACUGGGCGAGGAGACCGCAUCGGGCCGCCGAAUGCACUUUCGGCAAGCAGAUUCGCGAAUUGGGCUCGACAUGGUUCGCGGACUUGGGACCUCCCUUCGGAAUCAUGUAUUGCAUCAAAUGCGAGUGCAUACCGGUGCAAAAGAAACGGCGGAUCAUCGCGAGAGUUCAAUGCCGCAAUAUCAAGAAUGAAUGCCCGAAACUCACGUGUGACGAACCAGUUCUACUCCCAGGGCGAUGCUGCAAAUCCUGUCCUGGUGACUUCAACGCAGACAUAGCGCAGGAUCUGCCAGCGCAAUUGACUUCUGAGGAAGAGGAGCGGAGCCUGAAACAUUUUGGCACUCUGUUAACGGGCAGAACAUCGCAGUCUCUGCGUCGCGAUGAACCGAAUCCGACGACAGUUUACAACAGCGCCUACAACUACCUAGCGACCGGUCGCUUCACGUUUCACCGUAAGAAUAUCUACUACGCGUUCUAUUUGUCCGCGUCGACGCCCCGACCGCGUAGCAUACAAUUCGUCGACGGAUCCGGCAAUAUUCUCGAAGAGCAGGUGAUUGAUCCAGUUGGUGGUGCUUAUCAGAACACCACUGGCAAACUCUGCGGCGUGUGGAGACGCGUGCCACGCGAUUAUCGCAAGUUGCUACGCGAGGAACGGCUACACGUGUCCUUCCUCUGGGAGCCUUCAUCAAGCUUAACCGGCCAGUUGUCGCGUUAUCGCGCUCUUUCGACCGAGCAAUUCUCCGCACUCUUGGAACCGGCGAUGGGCGUCGACCGGUCGUUGAUGUCCGGCGCGGGCGCAACAGCGAUUGUAUCCGCUUCAUCCGCGUCAGCGCCGUCGAUUCACGUGUCCCUCGUCUUCAACGGUCUCUUCCUGCCGAACGAUGUGGCCGAUGUUCCGUUAGUUGUUCAGCUGGAACAUCACGAGAAGGAUCACGUGGUCCUUCGCGAAGAAAUAAUAGUGAGAAAGCCAUCGAACGAGCUGAAUUACGGAGAAGUCCGUAGCGCACUUUCCGGGACCGAUCUUCGUCUUUUGACUCGAGGCAAGUUGUUGAUCAGUAUAAUGUCUCGCAAAGAUCCGCAGGCUCUUCGACUGAUCGGCAUGAUAGGUUCACGCGCAACCUGCGACAUGUAUCAAACAUUGCUGCUGUCGGAAACACCGUCCGUGGCAUCCGGAUUGGCUUGGGUCUUUUUGGAUCGUGUCGGUGCGCUACGCUACGGAGUGCAAUUGAUAGGACUUGAAGAAGAGAGCCCUUUGGUGACGUUGGUGGAUGAGGGCGGGAAACGGAGAAUGGAACUCGAAGAUCUGACACCUUCGUUGAUCGGCGGCUCCCUCGCGAAUGGUUCCUUAGACCGACCUGGACCCAGACUAUUGCAGCCACUAUUCAAUGAGGAACUCUCCGUAGUCGCUGCCAGCCAUGUCGGCUCCAUGUUGCGCGGUAGACUUUUAGAGAGACCUGUGGCGGACGCUAGAGAUACGGCCGCACCUGUGCUACUACGAAGAUUGACCAAGGAGCCAACGUAUCCUGGACCGGUCGGCUUGAUAUGGACCGCGGUGGAUUUAGAUUGUUCUUUACACUAUGAACUAGAACUCGCUGGUUUCCCGCCCUCCUCGCAAGAACCGCGAACGUUUCGUUUAUAUUUAGAAACGAUGCCCAUGCUAGCCCAGGGAGCUCCUGUCGCUAGAAGACUUCUCGAAGAAUUCACGGGAUACUCUCUCGAAGGUUCGGUCACCGGACUAUCAUCGUUGGAACUCUAUAGGAUCGAGUCGGGUAUCGGUUUUCUCGAAGUGACAGACAAGCAGGUCACACACAUUCUGAAGGCCCCUUUCAAGGCGAGAGCACCGUUCAGUUGUUUGCCACACUAUGCCGACAACGACGUCACCUCUGUGGUAGCCUAUAAUCUACAACCACCUAGGUCGGAUAUCGAGACAGGUGCGUGUUUCCACGAGACCAGAUUCUACGAGGAAGGCACGCAAUGGACCUCGAACUCGGAUCCUUGUUCGAUGUGUCAUUGCUAUCGUGGCUUGGCGCAAUGCGACACAGUACCCUGUCCGACGGUCUCUUGCGAGUUGGGAAAGCAACUCAAACAACCGCCGACUGGUCACUGUUGCCCGAUAUGCGCAGAUUCAAUGAAUGCCGAAACUAAUGCUACAAUCAAGAAUAAUGCUACAAGAGGUUGUACGUUAGCCGGACAAUAUCAUCUCGCGGGAUCAUCCUGGCAUCCAUAUCUACCACCAGCAGGAUUCGAUACAUGUGCAGUUUGUACUUGUGACGCUGUCACGCUGGAGGUAAAAUGCCCGUUGGUACAGUGUCCGCCGCUUGAGUGCGACGAGAAGAUCGCCGUUAGGCUAGACAAGAAAGCCUGCUGCAGACAAUGCCCACCAUCAACGAGCCUUAGCAAUGUAACCACCACCGCAUCGAGCGACACCAUACGCCUACCGAGAGAUCAAGCUUUACCUUCAACGAGGCGCACCGCGGAAGAGAUACUCUCUUCCGGUGGUUGCAAGUAUCCUUUCGGUGGACCCUAUGAGAAUGGUAUGGAAUGGCAUCCCCGGUUGCACUCGCACGGCGAGGUAAAGUGUGUCAAGUGCCGCUGCAAGAACGGCGAGGUCAGGUGCGACAGGAAACGGUGUCCACGGUCACUUUGUAACUCGAUCGCGCAUCAGAUGAAGCGCGGCGAGCACGUGGCGGACGCCGACGACUGCUGUACGGCGCAGUGCGAGCAUCGCGCGAGGCGUCAUCAUCGCAACAACCAUCAUCCGGCGCGGCGGCACUCUAUGACGCCACGCGAAUUGAGCUGAGCCUGGUAGUUCCGGAGAAGAGUCUGCCCCGGUCCACGAGGAAGCUCCGCCGCCUGCACUAUAGUCGUCGUCGAAUGAUGACGAAAUCAGUCACGGCCGACCAUUAUUCGUCACGCGAUCGCUCUCUUCGUGUAUCGUACGACCCGAGGGGCUCUCGAGACGGAAAACCACAUCAAACCACCGAACGGUUCUGUACACGUGCACGUUCGCACGCGCAAAAUCGCGAGAGCUGGAUUACAGAUGUUCACCUGAGCUGAAUUAAGUAGGCGAGGAAAGAGGGAACAGCAGAAGAAUAAGAAAUUACAAAGACGAGAGAGAGAGAGAGAGAGAGAGAGAGAGAGGGAGAGAGAG